GCACUUUCUGCCUUGACGCCUUGAUUCGGUUCCCGAUAUCUCAUAGGAUACUCCCCAACUUGCAUGUAGAAUCUUACGAAUCAUCCGGGGCUGUGUCAAGACCUCAAAGAAGAUCACCCCUUCUUUCCGAUAUCAUAACUACCCCCCAGAGCCCACUUCAGGAUGCACGAAAUCAUUACGCUACAGUUGGGACACCAGGCCAACUACCUUGGGACUCACUUCUGGAAUACUCAGGAAUCAUACUUCACUUAUGCCGAAGAUGCUUCACCUAGCCCCGUGGAUCAUAACGUUCACUUCCGGCCCGGCAUUGGGGUUGACGGAGGAGAGACUUUUACACCUAGAACUCUUAUAUAUGAUCUCAAAGGCGGAUUUGGGUCUAUGAAGAAAAUCAAUGCUCUUUAUGAAGUGGAGCGGGACUCAGAUGCUGGGAUUCCACAAGGACUGUGGGAUAAUGGAAUGACCAUUCAGCGAGAGCCUCUAGUUGAGCCAAUUGAAUAUCAGAGAUCCCUCGACACUGGCCUCCUUCCAGCCCGCCUAGAGCCGGCAUCUGUUCGCUAUUGGAGCGAUUUCAAUAAGGUCUUUUAUCAUCCGCGUUCUUCCAUCCAACUAAACCAAUAUGACCUCAAUUCAAAAGUCAUGCCCUUCGAAAAUAUUAGUUUGGGCAGAGAUCUCUUCAACCAAUUGAACAGAGAACAUGACAUGCUCGAUAGAGACUUCAGACUCUUUGCAGAAGAGUGUGACCAAAUGCAGGGUGUGCAGAUAUUCACAUCCGCAGAAGAUGCUUGGGGUGGCUUCGCAGCUGAGUAUGUUGCUGCCUUAAGAGACGAGUAUCCGAAAACCGGAAUUAUGACUUGGGGACUGCAGGAUUUUGAGAAAACCACUAGAGAAAGGCAGAUAAACCAUACGGUCAACCUUGCAUACACCUUGUCGAAUAUUAUUCCGCUAACUUCGUUAUACAUUCCUUUGGGAUUCCCCCAAUCCAAACUCCCGGGAUAUGUUCACUUAGAUACAGCCCUGCAGUGGCAUAAGAGUGCGCUACUUUCAGUUGCGGUAGAGUCGUGCACCCUCCCCACUCGUCUUCGUGAUGGUUUCGGUGCUGGUCGAUUGGGGAAAUUGGAUGACUUGGCAUCGCUUCUUAAUGUCAAUGGGGGUCAAAAAAUCGCAACACUCUCAAUGACUGUUCAUAAACCAAAUCCAAGUGCACCAAGGUCAGGUGAACCGAGCCUCUCCGACAAAGGGUUCGGGCUGUCCUGGGACUCAGGUGGGUAUGAAUUUGGCGGGAUGGCCAUGAGGGCUCGGGGUGUUCAGAGCCACGAGAGUCACACUUUUGCCGUGACAGAGGUUGUGAGAGUAUCAAAUCAUGAUCGAACUAAAGAUAUGACAGCGGGGGACUCACCCGAACUUCCCAAUGAUCACCACGAUGCAGUUUUUGAAAGAUACCAUACCUCUUUCACUUACCCUGUCAUUGAUAGCUUCCCGAGUAUCUUCUCCACAGACCGCAUAAUACCCGUAGAGGGCGACGCAACUGGGGGGGACCAGAGACUAGCUGUCAGUGCGAGGCUCACAACGUCAUCGCAAGUGAUGCCGCGACUGAAGAGCAUAAAGAAUGUUGUAUCGCGGGUGGUUGGGGUGGACGAGCGGGAAGCAAUCCUAAAUGACCUAGGGGAGUUUAUCGAAGGAUUUGAAACGGGGUGGAAUAGUGGCUCUGAUGAUUAUGACGACUGA